UGGAAACUUCAUGAAAAUUCCCUUCUCUAAAUCUUAAAAUAGGAUUGACUUUUUAAAAAUGCUCUAGGUUUUCCCAAAUACUAAAGAUAUACCAAAAUUUGUAUAUAUAAGCAUAUAGCUAUACACAGUAUAACAUUGUAUCAGUUUAUUUGAUAAUAACCACUUCAUCAUGGAAUCGUUAUGUAUGAUGGAAACAGAUUGUGCAGAUGAUGGUGUCAACGUUUCAUCGGGUGUAAAAAGACGUUCUACAGAUGGACGGGUGUCAUCAAGUUUAGAGAAUGUUGUUUCUAAACAUGCUAAAGGACCAAGUAAAAGAACAAGAUUAGGUGAAGUGAUCGACUCAGCAGAAUUGCGAAUAGUAAUAAUUGGUAAAACUGGUACAGGGAAAAGCGCUACCGCGAAUACAAUAUUAGGCAAAUGUAUAUUUGAAUCUGGAACAAGCGGAUGUUCCUUGACAUCAAAAUGCCAGACUGGAUUUACCACCAGAACCGACCGCAAAAUCGUUGUUGUGGAUACUCCAGGAUUAUUUGAUACAGAAAUGACGAAUGCGGAAGUGACACAGGAAAUUGUCAAAUGCAUUAACAUGACUGCACCAGGACCACAUGCUAUCCUGCUAACUGUCAAUGUUGGUCGAUUUACAGAGGAAGAACAAAAAACUGUUAAACAUUUUGUUGAUCAUUUUGGAGAUGGUAUUUACAAUUACUUGUUGAUUGUUUUCACAAGAGCAGAUGAACUUACAACUGACAUGGAAGAUUUUAUCAAAGGUUGUCCUCAGUCCCUUAAAGAUAUUCUCAAACGAUGUCAUAACAGGUAUAUUUCUUUUAACAAUAAACUUUCGGGUAAGCCUCUAGAGCGGCAGGUUACUGAUUUGAUAGACAAAGUGGAUGAAGUUGUUCGAAAAAAUGACGAUUUAUGCUACACAAAUGAAAUGUAUGAAGAAGCCAAAAAAACACUUCAGAGAUAUUUGGAUGACGUAAGGAGAAAAAUGGAAGAAGAGAAACAAAGAACACUAAAAAAUCUUAAAAACGAACUGCAAAUUGAAUUUGAUAAAAAGUUGACAAUGGCAAAUGACACAAUGAAUGAGGAAAACAGAAAGCUACUAGAUAGAAUAAACAAAAUAGAAAUUGAAAAGGAAAACGCGAAAACUAGUGAAUUAGACACAAGAAAUGAGAUAACUGCAUUAAAAAAUCAACUUAAAAAGAUGAGACGGCAAAAACAAUCACGAAAUAAAAAACAACAAGAAGAACAGCUUGAAAAAAGACUACACGAUUUGGAAAUAAAACAAGCAGAACUAAUACUAACGGCAGCCAAGAACGCGUACGAGGAUGAAAUAGCACAACUAAAACAACAAAUGGAGGACACCAAGCGAAGAGAAGAACAGCAGACAGAUGAUUUGAAGAAGGAAAAUGAACGGAAAAUUCAGGAAACGGAAAAAAAAUAUCAGGCAGAGGAAAAAAAAAAUCAGGAAAUGAACAAAAAUAAUCAGGCAAUGAAAAAACAAAUUCAGGAAAUGGACAAAAAAAAUCAGGAUGCAUCUUUUGCUCGUAAUGGAGCGCGUACAGAUAUACCUCUACCUAAAAAACUUAACGGUAGAUGCUCUUUAAUGUGAGAUGGGCAAACGAUUUAUUCAUUUUGUGUCUGUUUUGUUGGCUUUUUUCUAAAGCUUUAUUCUCUAGUUAUCAUUGUUUAUCGAGCCCUUCACUGUGUUCUGGUUUGAAGGCAAGGAGUGAUGACAUUGAUUAAAACAAAAAUGACUCAAUUCGAACACAUUUUAUUGUUUGCAAGACCUAUCGACAAGUUGGUAUAUUUUGCUGUUGAUUACACUUUUUCCUUUUCCAUUAUUGUUUUUUUUUUUUAUCGUUUAUUCUCACAAAUAUUCAUGAUGGCGUAUUUGUUAUAGCACGCGUGUAGAACCGCUACACAAACUUUCCUUUGAUAGUAUUAAAAAUGAUAAAAUAUUUCUUUUAACCACGCAAGUUUUUUCUUUCCAAGACGUUAUAUCUUACCUGAUCAAUGUUUGGCAUACUUUUUAAAAGCUAUAUUUUAUGUGAUCUUAACCUUCGUGUAUCCAACUUUUAAUUUCAGUACCGUGGAUAAGUCUUUUGGCAUACGUGGGGGCGGAUGGCUGACAAAUAGUGCCCGUAAAUUAACAUGUAAACGCUUUUAUGAUAUUUUUUCCAAUAAAGAUAAUGUUAUUUUCUGUGACUAAAAGAAAAUCAAGUUCAAUUUUAACGCCAACGAUUUUAACUGUUCUCGUUAUUGCGUUGUAGACCUUUCAGUAACCUUAAGUUAUAUUUAUUGCAUGUAUUUGAAUUAUUUCAGUUUGAACAGAAACGGUUAUAAGUAAUUUUAUUAUAUGAAGUUGAGUUAUUGCCUUUUGAACACAAAGUUUUCAUCAACAUUUAAUUUUAAUUUUUUUAUGAUAUGCUAAUUCUAACAAAUUAAAUGCAAGUAUACUUAUAAUUUUAGAUUUUAGACAAUAAUAAAUAAAUGUCUAAUGUAAAAAAAUGGAAUUUGCAGUUUCUUGACCACUUUCAUUGUGUGUCUAGAAUCUAACCUGUGUCAUAUAUUCAGUCACAUUCAGAGCUUAUUUAAGCUGUCCAUCUUUUCUUAACUGUUCAGGGUUUGACCUGUGCAGGUAAAUCCAGUUUGCUGUCACGCCGACAUUGGCUUCUAUUGUUAUAGUUGUUAAAAGAUUAUACAUUAAUAUGGUCUUUCCACUUUUCUGUGGAAAGACCUAUUGUUUUUCUUCUGAUUAUUAGGUCUUUCCACUUUUCUGUGGAAAGACCCAUUGUUUUUCUUCUGAUUAUUUUUUUUUCUUCCGCCUAAUUUUGUUCUUGCGAUAAACAUUUGUUUCGCAAUAUGUCGCUUAGAUAUUUGGUAUAUGAUAUCGAACAGUUUAUGCGCUUUUGAAAUUUACCCUGCGUAAACGAAUACUAUUCCUUUGUAGGAGUUAUCUCCCCAAACACUGUUUUCCUUGUGAGCGCAACUCCUUCGCAACUGUAAAAUAUAAUGACAAAUUUAUUUUACAAAAUUGCUCGUUAUAUCCUUUGCAUGAUUUGUCCUACUUUGACCGAAGUGAUAUGAACGCUCCAUAUGAGAGUUAUUUCCCCUUAUGCAUUUGAUAUAAGUGAUAUGCAUUUCUAUCUUGUAAACCAUAAGUGCUAGAGACCAAGGGUCUUUUGAUUUGAGGUCCUUGGUCCAAAAAAAUGAAAAUUAGGUCAAGGUGAAAGGUCAAGGUCAUAUUCUAAUUUUUUAAUUUGGCUUAUUUCCACUAAUUUCCAGAAACCGUAUAAGAUAUCGACAAAUUAUUUUUUUCUAAAUUGUUAGUUGCGACAUGUCAUAACACGUAAAUUUUGAUUGCAAGGGUACGUUGAACGUUAAAGGGAGUUUUCUCCCCUCUUGUAUUUAAAAAUACGUGUAUGGUGAUAUUUAUUCAUAAAAAAAAGUAUAUAGAACCAGAUCUUUUUGGAAUCAGUGUCAAUUAAAUAUUCAAAUAUUAUCGGAAGUAACAUUUUUCAAACCGGAAGUAACAAAUUAUCUCCCUUAUUUUUUUUGUGUAUAGAAACCAUAUAUAUCUGGAAUCAGCGUACAAUAACCUAUCAGUUGACGAUUGAAAUGACAUUUUAGACUUAAUUUUACAACUUUCAUAUUAAAAUACAUUAUUUUUAGUGGAAAGACCUUCAAUUGUUCUCUGAACAAUUGGUGUUUAAUUUAUUUAUUUUUUCUUCCGCCUAAUUUUGUUCUAGCGAUAAAUAUUUGUUUUGCAAUAUGUAGCUUAGAUAUUUGGUAUAUGAUAUCAACAGUUUAUGCGCUUUUGAAAUUUACCCUGCGUAAACGAAUACUUUUCUUUGCAGGAGUUAUCUCCUCAAACACUGUUUUCCUUGUGUCCACUACUCUUUCGCAACCGUAAAAGAUUACAACAAAUUUAUUUAUAAAAUUGCUCGUUAUAUCCUUCGCACGAUUUGUCCUAUUUUGACCGAAGCGAUAUGAACGCUCCAUAUGAGAGUUAUUUCCCCUUAUGCAUUUGAUAUAAGUGAUAUGCAUUUCUAUCUUGUAAACCAUAAGUGAUAGAGACUUAGGAUCUUUUGAUUUGAGGUCCUUGGUGCAAAAAAAUGAAAAUUAGGUCAAGGUCAAAGGUCAAGGUCAUAUUCUAAUUUUUGAAUUUGGCUAAUUACCACUAAUUUCCAGAAACUGUAUAAGAUAUCGACAAAUUAUUUUUUUCUGAAUUGUUAGUUGCGACAUGUCGUAACACGUAAAUUUUGAUUGCAAAGGUACGUUGGACGUAAAAGGGAGUUUUUUCCCUUCUUGUAUUUAAAAAAUAUAUGUAUGGUGAUAUAACUCAUUAACCAAAUAUAAUUAAGACCUAUGGUCUUUUGAUUUGAGGUCCUUGGUUUAUGACCUUGAAGUUGAUCUCAAGUCAUAGCUUAAUUUGACGUUCUAGAAUUUGACCUUUGCUUUUACCUCAUAUGUAUACAUGAUAAAUCCAUGAGACUUUUGGCAAAAGGUAUCAAACCAUUUAACCUUGAAAAAAACAACCAGAAGUUCCCUUGUGUAAACCGGAAGUAGCUAUUUUUUGUACUUUAUUAAUAUAAAAGUAUAUAGAACCAGAUAUUUUGGGAAUCAGUGUCAAUUAAAUAUUCAAAUAUUAUCGAAAGUAUCAUUUUUUAAAACGGAAGUAACAAAUUAUCUCCCUUAUUUAAAAAAAAUAUUGUAUAGAAACCAUAUGCUCUUGGAAUCAGCGUACAAUAAGCUAUCAUUUGACGAUUGAAAUGACACUUUAAACUUAAUUUUACAACUUUCAGAUUAAAAUACAUUGUUUUUGGUGGAAAGACCUUCAAUUGUUCUCUGAACAAUUGGUUUUUAAUUAUGUAUACAUUUUCAUUUGUGAUGAUAUUAGAUAUUCAUAUAGUCUUAUUAUUUUAAGAUUAUUUUAUUUAGCCUCUAAUGUGAUAAGGGUGUUGCAAGUCGAACGUUGACCUAUAGUUAGGUAUAUGAACGUCAUUUGGCUCUAAUGAAGAAUGGACUCAUUUGUAACGACUCAAAUCAUAUUUUUAAAUUAACUUUAAAAGGAAGAGACCUUUCCUUUGGAAGACAGUGUUAAUUCAAAAUUUUGUGAUAAAUAAUAAGACUAAAUAUCUGCAGCGAUAUUUGUUUUAAAUAUUAUCUUGCGUUUAAAACAAUGGUAUGACGUUUUUGUCGUCGUUAUUGUAUAUGUCGUUCGAGGACUUUUGUCUUCAGACAAUAACUUGGUCAGUUGUCAAUACUUCGGUGUUGAUAUGAAUAUCAAUUUGUUUGGCUUUCUAACUAUUUAAUCUGAGCGUCACUGACGGGUCUUUUGUAGACGAAAAAAUCAUCUGGUGUAUCAAACUAUAAGCCUGAUACAUUGAUUACGUUACACCUCUAGGCCGAUGCCAAUGCUGGUGCACGUUUCGUCCCCGGGGGUGUCACCAGAUCAGAAGUUAUUUCUGGGUUGAUAUGCAUAAAAAUUAUAUUGUCAUUUUUAUAAAUUUACUAUUUUUUUUAUUAACCUAGGCAGAGAUUAACUAUUUGGCACAAUUGUUUGAAAAUUUAGGUCAUCAAUGCUCUUCAACUUUGAACUUGUUUGGCUUUCUUACUAUUUUGAUCUGAGCGUUACUGAUGAGUCUUAUAUAGACGAAACUCGCGUCUGGCAUUUUAAAUUAUAUGCCUGGUAGGGGUUUUAGAUAUAAGAAGAUGUGAUAUAAGUGUCAAUGAGACAACUCUCAUUUGAAGUAACAAUGUGUAAAUGUAAACCUUUAUAGGUCAAAAUACGGCCUUUAACACGGAGCAAGCAAAAAAUGGCAUCAAAAUUACUACUGUAGAACCAUUCAAAAGGAUAAGUCAAUGAUAUAAUCUCUAUGAAAAACGGGAAACAAUAAUGAGCCCACCAACAACUACUGAACAUCAGAUGCCUGGCUUCGGACAGGUGCUAACAAAUGCAGCUUGUUUAAACGUAUACAAACAUAGGUAUCAACCUUCACCAUUAUCUAAAACAAUAGUGUAACAGCACAACAUAGAGAGACACAAUAUUUCACGUGAAUUAACUUAACUCAUCUUACAGUGAACUCAUAAAUUUGACCUAUGACUAUCCGUGCUAUUGUACCACAAGGAAUGUUUGUGGGAGGUUUGGCUUAACCGUUUUAAGGGCAUAAAAUUAUUUUUCUUCUAAAAUUCUGUAUAAGUUGCUUAAAAUCUUGAGCAUUUUUUUCAUAUGUUAAAUUAACCGUGUUUUUAGA